AUGGACAUCGACAUGCAGACCCACAGCGGCCACGGCGAGGUUGACGACGACGGCAGGGAGAAGAGGACAGGGACGGUAUGGACGGCGGCGGCGCACAUCAUCACGGCGGUGAUCGGUUCCGGCGUGCUGUCGCUGGCGUGGGCGAUGGCCCAGCUGGGGUGGGUGGCCGGGCCGGUGAUCCUGCUGCUCUUCGCGGCCAUCACCUACUACACCUGCUGCCUCCUCUCCGACUGCUACCGCGUCGGCGACCCUGAAACCGGCAAGCGCAACUACACCUACACCGAGGCCGUCGAGUCCUACCUAGGCGGAGGGUAUGUCUUUUUCUGCGGUGUCUGCCAGUAUGCCAACAUGUUCGGCACCGGCAUCGGCUACACCAUCACAGCGUCCGCCAGCGCCGCGUCUAUCCUCAAGUCCAACUGCUUCCACUGGCACGGGCACGAAGCUGACUGCACCCAGAACACGAGCGCCUACAUCGUCGCCUUCGGCGUGGUGCAGGUCAUCUUCAGCCAGCUCCCCAACUUCUACGAGCUCUGGUGGCUCUCCGUCAUCGCCGCCGUCAUGUCCUUCUCCUACGCCACCAUCGCCGUCGGCCUCGCCCUUGGCCAGACCAUCUCAGGCCCUACGGGGAAGACAACACUGUAUGGCACGCAGGUCGGAGUGGAUGUCGCUGACGCAACGCAGAAGACAUGGUUGACGUUCCAGGCUCUCGGCAACAUCGCGUUUGCCUACUCUUACACCAUUAUCCUCAUCGAAAUCCAGGACACGCUGCGAUCUCCGCCGGCCGAGAACAAGACGAUGCGGCAGGCGUCGAUCCUGGGCGUGGCGACGACGACGGCGUUCUACCUGAUAUGCGGCUGCCUGGGCUACUCGGCGUUCGGAAACGGCGCGCCGGGGAACAUCCUCGCCGGCUUCUACGAGCCCUACUGGCUGGUGGACUUCGCCAACGUGUGCAUCGUGCUCCACCUCGUGGGCGGCUUCCAGGUGUUCCUGCAGCCGCUGUUCGCGGCGGUGGAGGCCGGCGUGGCGGACCGGUGGCCCGGCACGAAGCAGGACCGCGGCGGGGUCAACGUGUUCCGCCUCGUGUGGCGCACGCUGUUCGUGGCGCUCAUCACCCUCGGCGCCGUGCUGCUGCCCUUCUUCAACAGCAUCCUCGGCAUCCUCGGCAGCGUCGCCUUCUGGCCGCUCACCGUCUUCUUCCCCGUCGAGAUGUACAUCAGGCAGCGGGAGAUCCCGCGGUUCAGCGGCACCUGGCUGGCGCUGCAAACCCUCAGCUUCUUCUGCUUCAUCAUCACCAUCGCCGCCGGCGCCGCAUCCGUGCAGGGCGUGCGCGACUCGCUCAAGACCUACGUGCCCUUCCAGACCAGGUCGUGAUAGCUCGCGUGCUGGUCGAGCUUGUUGGGGUGUCUAGGAAGCUGCGACUGUGGGUUGGGUGGCAUUGUGUUUUUGGGAUGAUAAGGGGGAUGAGCACAUAUAGGAGCAGG